UAUAAAUCUCGAUGGAUCGAACCCGAAUUCCAAUUUGCUCAAAACAAAUUCUCUCAUUUCGAUCCUUCCUUCUACAGUUUCUGCUUGUGUGAUUUUCCAAGCUCUGCAUUUCAGAGAGAGAGGGGGGAGAAGAGAUGGCAAUCAGCGCGACUAUGUUCGGGGCACUACUGGGAAUGGGGACCCAGAUGUACUCUAAUGCUCUCCGCAAGCUUCCUUACAUGCGUCAUCCGUGGGAACAUGUGCUGGGGAUGGGUUUGGGGGCUCUAUUUGUUAACCAAUUGAUCAAGUUCGAUGCAAAGGCUCAGGAGGAUCUUGACAAAUUACUCAUCAAGGCCAAACAAGCCAACGAACGUCGCUACUUUGAUGAUGAUGAAGAAUAAAAGAUGUGGAAAUGGUCAAACCUCUUUUGUAUCUGAAUUACAUUUCUGCAAACAUUUGUUAGCCUAGUUUUGUACCAGGCUUGUGUUGCCCUGUAUGGGCUUGCUCCGGCUGUUUUUAUGAGAAUAAAAAUCUUUGUGGUGUACAUUUGUUUGCAACAUACUACUACUAUGUUUUGUUAACAAAAUUUAUUUGAGCA